GCAGCACGGACGCACCCUUUGCACUUUGUAAGCUCGACUUCGGCAUGAGUCCACUUCAACUACUCGAACAGUUUCCGCUCGAGAAAUUCUUCGGCUGUACCGCGCUCGUAGGCUACCAGACCAUCGUAACCAAAUCUGGACACAAGAAGGUAAACGGAGUGCAGCCGAACACCAUGCUAUUCUGUUGGGAGCUCAAAAGAGACGUCUUCAAAGGAGAAGUCGGGGUACUACUAUUUUUUGUAACAUCCCGAUCCCACUUUGUUUGUGUACUCUGAACAAGUGCCUGUCAUGCCUAGCGAUUUUUCAUUCUUCUGUUCCAUUCAGCGACAGCUCGUCAUUCUCCAUUUCUCCUCCUGAGUUCGGUGCGGGUGUGAGGUGAAACAAAUAUAUUAUAGGAACGCAGGAAACUAAACACCUAACUCAUCUUAAAUAUCAGGCGUUGCGGGAACUGAGCAGGGGUCUAGUGUAUAGCGGACGCUCAUUAUCGAGGAACAUUUUUUACGAACUGGUGCCUCGAAUGGUGGGCGCAAACAGCGGC